AUGAUUAUUCCCAUCCGGUGUUUUUCCUGUGGUAAGGUUGUUGGUGACAAGUGGGAGACAUAUUUGACAUUGUUGCAGGAUGAGACCUUGACUGAGGGCGAUGCCUUGGAUCAACUUAAGUUGAAAAGAUACUGCUGCAGAAGAAUGGUGUUGACCCACGUCGACUUGAUUGAAAAGUUUUUGAGAUACAAUCCUUUGGAGAAAAAGGAAAUCAGUUAG